GCGAUCGCCAACUUCUCGGCGCUCGGGCUGGAGCCGGGGCGCGACGUGGACCUGGAGCAGCUGGAGCAGGAGGACUGCCUGGAUGGCUGGGAGUUCAGCCAGGACGUCUACCUGUCCACCAUCGUGACCGAGUGGAACCUGGUGUGUAAGGAAGACUGGAAGACGCCGCUCACCACCUCCCUGUUCUUCGUGGGCGUGCUCCUUGGCUCCUUCUUUUCCGGACAGCUGUCAGACAGGUUUGGCAGGAAGAGCAUCCUCUUUGCAACCAUGGCUGUGCAGACUGCCUUCAGCUUCCUGCAGAUUUUCUCCAUCAACUGGGAGAUGUUCACCGUGUUAUUUGUCAUUGUCGGCAUGGGCCAGAUCUCCAACUAUGUGGUCGCCUUCAUUCUAGGAACAGAAAUUCUUGGCAAGUCAGUUCGUAUUAUAUUCUCUACGUUAGGAGUGUGCACAUUUUAUGCAAUUGGCUACAUGCUGCUGCCACUGUUUGCUUACUUCAUCAGAGACUGGCGGAUGCUGCUGCUGGCGCUGACGCUGCCGGGGCUGCUGUGCGUCCCGCUAUGGUGGUUUAUUCCUGAAUCUCCGCGGUGGCUGAUAUCCCAGAGAAGAUUUAGAGAGGCUGAAGAGAUCAUCCAAAAAGCUGCAAAAAUGAACAAUGUAGCGGUCCCGGCGGUGAUUUUUGAUCCUGUGGAGCUACAGGAGCUAAGACCCCUGAAGCAGGAGAAAGUUUUUAUUCUGGACCUGUUCAGGACAAGAAAUAUUGCCACAAUAACCAUUAUGUCUAUACUGCUAUGGAUGCUAACCUCAGUCGGUUACUUCGCUCUAUCUCUCAACUCUCCCAAUUUACAUGGAGAUGCCUACCUGAACUGUUUCCUCUCUGCCCUGAUCGAAGUUCCAGCUUACAUUACAGCCUGGCUGCUCCUGCGAACCCUGCCCAGGCGGUAUAUCAUAGCUGGGGUGCUGUUCUUUGGAGGAGGCGUACUUCUCUUAAUUCAACUGGUACCUGCAGAUUACAACUUCGUGUCCAUUGGCCUGGUGAUGUUAGGGAAAUUCGGGGUCACCUCUGCUUUCUCUAUGCUGUACGUCUUCACUGCAGAGCUCUAUCCCACCAUGGUCAGAAACAUGGCUGUGGGCAUCACCUCCAUGGCCUCCAGAGUGGGCAGCAUCAUCGCUCCCUACUUCGUGUACCUUGGUGCUUACAACAAAGUUCUACCCUACAUCCUCAUGGGCAGCCUGACCAUCCUGAUUGGAAUCAUCACCCUCUUUUUCCCUGAAAGUUUUGGAAUGACUCUACCAGAGUCCUUAGAGGAGAUGCAGAAAGUGAAAUGGUUCAGGUCUGGGAAAAAAACAAGAGAUUCAAUGAACAACGAAGAAAACCCCAAAGUUUUAAUAACUUCAUUCUGAUAAAAAUUUCUACCCCACUCGGUGAACUGGAAAACAGAGACAUAAGACCCUGAAGAAACCAAAGCUUUUCCUGAUGAAAUGGACUGACUGUAACCAGACGGGCCCUGCUGUUGAGAAAUGCUCGUCAUGUAGCAAAUUCUGGACAGCUCUCCCAGAUCGUCUCCUUUCUUAAAAGAACUAACCAUUUCUAUAGAGUCCACCGUUUGUAAGGUUGUUUGAAAAUGUGUUGGUUACGGACUAGUCAAUACACAUAAAGAUUAACACUCAUUUCCAAACAAGCGACUGCUGCCCAAAUAAAGCGUCAUUGUAUUCA